AUGGGAAAACCGAUUGAAGGAAAUAUGAGCGAAAAUCUCAAAAUUAUUCUCAUCGCAGUAUUGUGCCAACAAGUGAUUGGCUCGACGAGCCGUCAUGAAAAUGUCGAUGAGCUCGAUUUCACUGAUCAUUCAAAUGGAAGCCCUCACAUUCUGCGCCAUUCCUACUUCAAACAAGACUUUCGUCUCGGAUAUAAGCUCAAAUUAUUUUGCGAGGCCAUUGGAGCGCCAAGACCCGAAAUCACGUGGUAUCAUCGAGGUGUUGAAGUCAAUCUCGACACUAAUAAAACUGUUCGCCAAACGAUGCACGGAAACUCAAUGUCGUCAUAUCUGGAAGUCGAUCCAACAUCAGUGACCGACAAAGGCGAAUAUGAAUGUGUGGCCACGAACGCGAAAGGAAGUCAUGUGAAAAAAUUUUUGACCAAUUACCAAUACUAA